AUGUCGAACAUAGCAGUUUGCGCUCGAUUCAGGCCUUUAAGCUCAAAAGAGAGAAGAGAUGAUGGUGAUUCAGUCUGCGUUCAGUGCUUAGACUCGGAAACUUUCAUUUUUAAGGAUGAGAAAGAAGGAAAUUCCACUUUCACCUUCGAUAGGGUGUUCUAUGAGAAUUCUGAGCAAGCUCAGGUCUAUGAAUUUCUAGCUCUGCCUAUUGUCCAAGAUGCUGUUAAAUGCACUAAUGGGACGAUUAUCACUUAUGGACAGACAGGAGCUGGGAAGACAUACAGCAUGGAGGGCCCCGGGAUACUAGAAUCUGAUGAAGAGAAAAAAGGGUUGCUUCCACGAGUAGUUGGUGGAAUUUUUGAAUGCAUAAAAUCUUCUAAAAAUGCAAAUAUGUACUCCGUCAAGUUGUCGAUGGUAGAGAUCUACAUGGAGAGAGUAAGGGACCUCCUUGAUUUAGCAAAGGACAACAUACAGAUCAUGGAGAAUAAAGCUCAAGGAAUUUUGCUGAAUGGCAUAACCGAAAUCUCCAUUAAAGACCCCAUGGAAGCAUUGCAAAGUCUAGCUAGUGGUAUAGCUAACAGAGCUGUUGGAGAGACCCAAAUGAACAUUACCAGCAGCAGAAGUCAUUGUGUUUACAUAUUCAUUGUCCAGCAAGAAUUGAAGAAAGAUAAUCGGUCGAAAACUAGCAAGUUAGUUCUUGUGGAUUUGGCAGGCUCGGAGAAAGCAGAAAAAUCUGGAGCUGAAGGAAGAGUCCUUGAAGAAGCCAAGAGUAUCAACAAGUCCCUAUCAGCCCUUGGAAAUGUGAUAAAUGCUCUGACAUCUGGUUCAUCUGUAAAAACAAAUCACAUUCCAUAUCGCGACUCCAAACUUACCCGGAUUCUACAAGAUGCCCUUGGUGGAAAUUCCAGAACUGCGUUACUAUGUUGUUGCUCACCAAGCCCCUCAAACGCACCAGAGAGUCUCUCCACACUUCGAUUUGGAGCAAGGGCAAGUCACAUUAAGGCAUCACCGCGUGUAAAGUGCAAUGAAGACAAAUCUACUAAAAAACUUGAAGUUCCUUCUCCCACUAAAGAUGAGUCAUGUGAGAGAAUUCUACACGAGUUGCGAAAGAGACUAGACGAGGAAGAUGUAAAUCUACUGGAGGAGUUGUUCAUGUUGGAGGGAAUUUUCUUUGAUCCUAAUUCAGAAGAAGAAUUAGAGCUUGCAUUUGAGGAUGUUACUUUAAAGACAAUUGUAUCAUUGCAACAAGCAGUGGAAGAGCUAGCGUGUGAAGUUAAAGAGCUUAAAAAGGAAAAUAAGGCUCUCAAGGACGAAAUAACGAGGGCCAAAGUAUCUGAUGCCCAAUUCAAAGAGACUGGAGAAGCUUCAAGGGUUGUACCAAGGAUUUUGGGACUUUUCAAUUUCUUCUCUAUGUCCUGGUUCAAGACAUUUUUACCUCUGUCGAGGUGCUGAAACGAAAAUCAUAAAUUUUCUACAUGGUGACAUUUUCUGGGGUUAUAGCUAUUUAUAGAAUUAUGUGGAAUAAUUUGGUAAUAGUAUCAACUCUGUUUUUACAAGGAACUAGAAACCUAAAAGGCCUUGCUAAUAAUCCAAAUAGAACAAGUUUUCUUCUCCAAAAAUGUGCGUAUACUAUAAUUUUUCUUUUAAAUUAAUCGUCAU